CCGAAUAUUACGGUGUGUUUUUUAUGCAACGGCUCUUGUGAUUUCUUGGAACGCUUCGAACGCUUGGAACUCUUGGAAUCUCAAUAAAACAUGGCGUCAACAAGUUCUACAAACUCAGUGGCUAUAAAUAGUGUAGAAUUUGGCCAAAAUCCCGAUGUAAAGUUUUUAUUUCCGAAUAACGGAGGAGCCACAUUGCUUGCAGAGAAGGUGGAACUUGCAAACAAAAGCGAAGUGUUCAAGAAUCAAUUUUCUUGCGAUAUAACUGAUAAUGGAGGAAGGGAGUCAAUUCCUAUCACGGAUAUAUCUUUCGACACGUUCAGUAAAAUGAUCUCACACAUCUACGGAACUAAGAUUGCCAUAGAUAAGGCAAACUUCAGGGAAAUACUCUAUGUUUCUAGGAAAUAUUUCCUGGAUGACUUGACAGUCUUGGUCAUUGAGUUUCUGAAACAAUUUCUCAAUGCUGAUAAUUUGGCUGAACACUUUGAAUUUAUCGAGAAAUUUGAUAUCAAGAUGCUAAACGAUUAUAUGGCAUAUCACUGCAGGAAGUUUCCAUUGACUGUAAUCAAUACGCUUACGAUUUCUGCGCCUCAUAAGCGCAUCUUGCACAUUAUUUUAAAAUCCCCAAUAAUUUCCUGCACAGAAUAUGAUCUGUACCAAGCAGUUGUAACGAUGUUGAUCCGGCAGCAGAAGAAUAAGGUUUUUGACGAAGAGAUAUUUAAAAAAGAACUUGGAAAAAUGAUUUAUUUAAUAAGGUUUCCUACAAUGACAGUAUCACAAUUAAUUUCCUGUGGUACAAAGCCUUCUCUCCUGAGUGAGAAACAACUGGUUGAUCUUUUGCUCUGGGUACAAGAUAAGAAAUUUUCAACUACUUUGCAGUUUUUCUCUAAUGUUCAAAGAUUCAAUGAAAAUAUUCUAAAUCUAAAAGAUAUGUGUCUUAAAUGUCGUGCAACUAACAUAUACUGCAAGAAAUGUGAUAGAUCCUUCUAAUCUUUUAGACUUUAGUUUAGAUUAACGAGAGCUUCAGUGAAAGUAUAUUAAAGGAGAAUAAUUACUAUUUUCUACAAGCAACUGCUAAUAAAAGAUUUUUCCUUAAAAAAUACUCAAAAAUAUCGAAUGAAUUCAAUAUUAACAUUUAUAAGGGAGGAUAUUAUGCAAAAUAUAAAUAAAAACUCAAAUUUCCAUGAGUUCCUUCCAUUACCAUUUGACUACCAAUCUGUAAAAAAAAUAAUAAAUGUGAAUAAAACACUGCUCUUUUAUUUUUAAAAUUUCUUAAAA